AUGGACAGCCCACCACCACAGAGAAAGGCGGCUGGCUUCGUCCCUCCACCGGGCCUUGGCUCCCCCGUGCAGGAGGCGGCAGAAGCCAUGCAACGACGCCCAGAGGACAUGGCUGGCGCAAAUGUGCCCGGAAGAGGGCUGGACCAGGCUAUGGCCGACUACGCUUUCCAAAACUUUCAGAACUGGAGCCCACCCAAUGCAGGCAAGGGAUCGGCUGGCUACGGGAACAGAGCCAUGCCCGCCGGCCCUUCUCGUGCACCAGGGGCCCACCUUGCACCUCAGCCUGGCGCUGGCAUGAUGGCUGGCUCAGCUGGCUCAGGAAAGGGCAGCGCCGUGGCACAAUCCGCCUUGCAGUCUCUGCAGAUGUUCCAGGGCUCUGAUGCCCGUGGGGCGGAGGAGACCUCUGCGAUGCAGCGAGCAGCAGCGGAGCAGCUACAGAAGCAGAGGAUGGCGGAAGCCAAUCGCAACGACCCGGAUGCACAGCGCUCAGCAGCCGAAAACGCAGCCCUGGAAAAUGCGAGGAGGUUAAAAAAUUCUCCGCUGGUCCAAGAUUUGGCGUUGAGAAACGCCAAUGUGUCGAAAGGCAAAGAAGAAAAGCGCUACUCAGGAAUCCUUAAGGUGUUCCGGCCAGAGCAUGGCUGGGGAUUUAUCGAGAAUCCAGAGCUGAAGAGCAAGUAUGGCAGCUCCGGCUCUUCAUUUAACAUGCACAUGGUCACAGGCUUGUCACAUGUUCAAUCCGACAUCGCGGUGAUAUGCACUGACAGUGCUUGCGCCGUUUCUCAGCUUUUGGCUCGAGAUCAGUGCGGCUGCCAUUACGUGAUGCCAGCAUUACUGGCACGUCUAGCUUUUCUCGGAGUUUUUAGUGUCUUUGCCACCUUGGAAGGACAAGCAAAGCAAAGACUUGAUUCAUUCAGCAUGGCGGUGCCUCUCAUCUACAGCGAGAGGCCAGUCACCGAUACUUCGCUAUCGAGCGAGGAGCAAGGAGCCACAUGCCAUCAAGCUCUGCGGCUUAACAGCUCCCAGGUGAAGGCCGUGCAGGUUCGGCGAGUUGAGGCGUUGAUCAUCAGCCUGAUCUUGGUGGCCUUAGGGGUCGUCCUAACGCUCGUUACGCUUGUCGGCGGCCUCUCUCGCGGGGUGCUGCUCGAACGCUUCGGCUGGAUCACGCUGGCCAAUGGCCCGGAGUUCCGCUACCUGGGCAUGCGCUUCGCUUGCCUCUCCGAGGGCUCCUUGCGAAGCCCUGCAUUUGCGGAACGUUGGUCAGGUAACCACGACCGAUGUGUACCACUGAAUGCUUUGGCUUGUCCUGUUGAAGAACAGCUAAGAUCCGAGAGAUUCUCCAAAAGCGGGUUCUCCUUGCAGCUGGAAAGGGUCCAGUGCAGUGCAUGCCGCAAUGCCACAGCUGUACUGUUGCUGCCAAUCCUCAUCACCAUGGCGACCUAUGUGAAACUAAUUCAAGGAACAACCGCACGAUUGAUGUGGCGCGACACUGCCAUCAACAAGGUUCUGCUGGUGCUCUCUGGGAUUGUCGGAGGGAUAGCGAACUUGGGCCUGAUGGCAAUUUACCAUGGCACUUGCAUCACCACCUUACGCCGUGCAGAGCUUUUCCUGCAACCGGAGCUGGGCCCAGGCCACGACGUUUUCCUGAACCAGGCUGUGGAAGGCGGCAUCAAGCUGGGCAGCCUUGUCAGCUUCACCCUGGAGAUGAGCAAGGACGGCAAACCCCAGGCGCGGAAUGCCAGAAUGGAGGCCGAGAAAGUGGACAGACCGAAAACUUCAGCUCCAGGACAAGAAGCACGGGAGCUCGUUGGAAAGGUCUUUAAGGGCCGAGUAAAGUCCUUCAACGCCACGAACGGCUUCGGCUUCCUCACAUGCGAGGAGCUGAAAAGCAAGUUCAAUGGCCGAGAUAUUUACGUGAAUCACACCCAGGUGCCGGGCGGAGGGAGCUGGGUGCCAGAGCCAGAUUGCGUUUACACGACGUUCAAAGGCAGGGAGCCCGGUUACAAAGGGAAGAAGGCCACGGUGCUGAAGCAAAUCUGGGCCGUUACCACAGGCUUGGAAAAGAAGCGCAUGCCCCAGAUGCUCCCAGCGCAGGCCACAAAGCCGGCGCCAGGACUGCCGCCAUCCCUGACAACGCCAGCUGCAGCCUCUAACCAGGCAGCAGCACAAGCGUUCCGGGGGCUCCACGGCCGGAAGUCGAACUUCAAGCUGGUGGAGAGUGCCGUAGACAGGGUCUAUUCUUCAGUGCUGGAUGGCAAUGCGCACUACUACAAGGCGCUCGUGGCUGAUCCGGCUGACUUCUCUACCUACCAGGCCCUAUACUCCGAGCUGGAGUACAAGCCUGCAUGGAUGAGUGGUGGCCUCGCCUUGCACAGGCCCACUGCUCUGGGCUCCGAGUCGCAGUUGCGUCAGUCACCUACUUACGAACGCAUUGUGCGUUUCUUGGCCGGCUACUUCGGGGUGGAGCCGAUCCGGUCUCUGGUGAACCACUACAGAUCUGGGGAGGAUUUCACUUCUUUCCACUCAGAUCAGUACUUCUCCGGGGUGAACAUGACCAUCGGGGCUUCAUUCGGUGAGGAGCGUGCACUGGUUUUCGAGCAUCGCGAGACCAAAGAGCAGUUCAGCUUUCCGCAGCACAACGGCGAUGUCUUUGCCUUCACAGACUCCGUGAACCGCCAGUUCGUCCACGGGGUGCCGCGAGAGCGCCGCGCCCGCUCCACGGGGGCCUGUGGCCACACCCCUGGCCGCAUCUCUGUCAUCGUGUGGGGACGCAAGGAUCAGGAGCUUUGGAAGACCAGGGCCCAGACCUUGCCACUUACUUUGCAACCCCUCAACGUGCUGGAGAACGAUCCGAGCAAGGAGGCGAGCUUGGACGAGGCCAACAGGCCGGAAACUGCAGGGAAGGACACGUCGCCCGACCACGAUGGGCUUGCGAGGACUGCAAGCCCAAGAGGAAGAGCGUUGGAACAGACUGACACGAGACCGGCGAGGUGGAAGACGCUGGCUAAGAGCCCAAUGCACGGCUACUGA